AAAAAAAUAGUAAAGAACCCAACUUUCUUCAGCUGUUUUCUAUGUCCGUCACUCACCUUGUUCGGGCUCCACUGUCAAAUCCAUGGCGGGGACGGUCUCCCUCACACUCUCCUCCGUUCCCAAGUAUUCACUAAAGCCACUCUUAUUUUCCCGUCUUUCCACUCCAUUUCCUUCAAAACACACCAAGCGUAAAAACUAUUUGCGCCCCAAAAUCCUCAAAACCCUCACUAAACGUUUCCCUUCUUCCACUCCUAUCAAUCCCAUAACCCCCAUAGAAUCCCAACCUGAAACUAAACCUCUCGACGUCGUCGUUUUCGAGCCGCCUUCUGAUGAAACCGAUAAAGUUGAAGAAUUUCGGGUUUCAGAGACACCGGGUGUUCUUAAUGGAGAAAACAGUGGCGAUUUUGGUAAAUUUUCUCCUUAUUCAGUAAUGAAAUUUGGAUUUUAUUUUGUUGGGAUUUUUUUGUUUCAGACUUUAAUUGCUGUUUGGGUGAUGGGAAAUUGGGAUUCUGAGGGUAAAGAUAGGAACUUGAGGAAAAAUAGAAGUAAAAAUGGUGAAUUUCUUAAUAAUGGGAAAGUGGGAUUGAAUUCUAGAACUAUGGUUUAUUGUGAUGAAUCUGAAUUAGAAGAAAAAGUUGAAGAAAUUAGAGCUAUGGCUAGGGAAGCUCGAAAAAUUGAGAAAAAAGAACCGAAAAAUGGGGAUGAAGAAGAUGAAACUUUGAAUUCUAGGGCAAGAAUUGGGAUUGAAAAGGAAAUUGGGACUAGAUUGAGUAAGUUAGAGAAGAAACUGAACUCAAAGAAAGAUACAUUUCCGGGGUCUUAUUCAAGUUUCUUGGACGAGUUAAAUGAUGGUGAUGAUGAAAAAGAGGUGAACAAAAGGUUGUUUGUAAAGAAGAAGUUUAAAUUCCGAGGACCUGAAAAGAGUUUGAGAAGUGGCGUGAAGGGUUUUUCCGGUUUAAAAGACGGUUGCAAAUUGAGCAAUAAGAAUGGUGUAGCUGCUAAUGCUUCUAGGUUUGAGGAAGUGGAUGAUGGAACGGCAGUAGUGAGUCAAGACUUGGUUUCCUUGCCGAGUAAUAGAGAGAAGAUCGAGGAGGGGGAAUUAGGAUCUUUGCACGAUAAUACGAGUGCUGGUCCAGAGAGCAGUGAAGAAAGGUUGUCUAAUGAAGCUAUAAAAUCAAUGAACUCGAGAGAUUUGGAUACCCUGAAGUCGAAGAUUUCUACAAAUGAGAAUCCGAAAGCUAAAACCAAAUCCGAUAAGGUUGCUUUAUUGCGUACUUCAAAAAGAAUAGAUGUUAGCAACAAGCCACCGGUCGAUAAAGUCAUGGGCAACCAAUUGGGCAUCAAAACUGAUCCAUGGUGGCUGAAUCUUCCAUAUGUCCUUGUUAUUCUCAUGCAACGAGGUGAUGAUCUAGAAGGACUGGAAGGGCUUUUUACCAUACAAUUAUCAUCCGAGGGUCAGGAACAGAGCAAAACUUCUUGUGUUGUUGCAUUUGAGGACCGCAGCGAUGCCAGUAACUUCUGUUAUCUUCUUGACUGUUUUUUUGAAGAUCUAGGUGAUUUCAGUGCUGACGUCAUUCCUAUGUCCGUGAAAGAACUUAAUGAAGCCGUAAAAUCUCAUGCCAAGGAAGUAAUUGUUGUUCAGAAGGGGCAGCUUAAGCUUUAUGCAGGUCAACCAUUUGCUGAGGUUGAGAUGGCUUUGCAGUCUUUGAUUGAAAAUAACCAAAAUGCCUCCAUUGCAAACUCAGAAUAAGCUAUGGAAGGGAUUCAAUCACAGACUGUAAAAAAGUUGAAGAGGAUUACAUGCUUCCUGGAGUUGAAGAGUGAAGUUGAUGAACAUCUUAAUGAGUGCUCUCGGAUCAGAGUAAUCGAAUCACUCCGAUCGGAAUGUUGUGUCAAAAGUUUUGUUGCCCUUUUUUUUUUUUUUGAUUAAAUGUUAUUUUUUUUCAUGUUGGUGCCAUUGCAACUCGCGGUUGUUGGCCAUUGUAUCAAAUUGAAUUAUUAUAUUACUCCUGUUUUUCAUUUUCUUUAUGUAUUUGUAAAAGUACUACUUGGGGGUUAAAUUGCAGUUUGCUCUCUCAUUUUAAAAAUUGGGCAAACUAGUUUUUAUACAUAUAAAAAGCAAAUUGCUCUCUCAGUCCAUUAUCAACA